CUCCUUCUGUACAGUAAACGACAGCUUAUCUCGACUGAACUCGAUCUGCAGUUCACAGAGUGGAUUGACGCCUUUACAGGACAUAUUUCUUUAGCAUUUCUCUGAUUUGGAUACAACAUCGGAAUAUACUAAACAUGCCUGUGUCCCGAAUGCGCAUGCGGCCCUGGCUGGAGAGCGCCAUCGACUCCAACCGCAUCUCUGGACUCGUGUGGGUCAACAAGGAGGAGAAGAUGUUCUCCAUCCCGUGGAAACACGCCGCUCGCCACGGCUGGGAGAUGGACAAAGACGCGUGUCUGUUCAAGCAGUGGGCCAUCCACACAGGUAAAUUCAGGGAGGGCCAAACCUCUCCGGACCCCAAGACGUGGAAAGCGAACUUCCGGUGUGCGAUGAACUCUCUGCCGGACAUCGAGGAGGUGAAGGACCGCAGCGUGAACAAGGGCUGCGGCGCGGUGAGGGUGUACCGGAUGCUGCCCGCAGUCUGCAAGAAGAAGGACAAGAGACCCAAGGGCCGAGACAGCCGGAGGCGGACGAAGGCUGCGUCCUCACAUGUCAAGAAGGAAGAAGUAAGCGCAGAUGAGAUGCAGGAGCCCACCAUCGACAGCACAAUCCUCACAGACUCCCCGAGCCCCAUGAUGGACACUGAGAUCCCCGGCUGUGAGACGAGUGUGUGUGAGACGAGUGUGUGUGAGGAGGUGGCGGGGCCGGACAGCUCCAGUGGUCUGUACACCAGCAAGUUCCAGGUGUCGCCCAUGCACUCGACAGACCUGGAGGACUACGAAGCCAUCAUCGAGCUCUCGCGGCAACUGGAGCGUGACAGUUCACAGUGGCUUCAAGGUGGCGUCUUUGGAAAGGGGUUCCUGGGCAAUGAAGUAGGCACAACUGAGUCUUUGAGUCCAGAGAGCCAGUGGAGUGUAAGUUCAGGAGAAGAGCUGGAGUUUCGUCUCUACACCGAACUGACCCCGGAGGAGCCGCUCUGCACAUACACUGAGCUGGUGACCAGCAGCUCCGGCCCACAGAUCAUGUGUCCUCUCUGAGAACACACACACACACACUCAUGGACAAUGAACCUUGUACCUCAUGCCUCAGGGAUCCUCCCUGCCGUUCCUCCUUCUUCUGGACAUCUGCUGGUUUCCUCUGAACACAUCCAUCCCGUGGACACACACGGACACACACGGACACACACGGACACACACGGACACACACGGACACACGCGGGUCCUCCGGAGAUGAUCGUGGCUUUGCUUCCUCUUGUACAGUUUUCUGAUCUGAUGUAAUGUGAAUUGGACAGGUUCCGUUAUGUGUUCAUGUCAAGGGGUUUCAGAUGUAUACUCACACACACACACACACACACACACACACUCCAUGUAUCAAAUGAAGCUGUUUGUUCGAGUAUGGGAUGGGGUUCUUCACUGUAAAUAUAAUGUAAAUAUUUAUUUGUAAUAAAAAACAAAAUGAAUUUA